AUGUCUUUUAGUACUUGGAAGCAUUUGCAGUCACAACACCGGCAAGUUUAUGGUGUUAAUCAUCACCUUGGAAGACAGCGAGAACCAUCUGCAUGCCUCUGCCAUUCAGGCCCUGCUGCUGCCAUCCUGCAAAAGGCUGUGGAUGGGAAAACAGAAGAGUUCAAACUGGUGUACAGGUUUCCAUGGAUCAAGUACUGCAGGGUGCUGUCGAGGCUGAAGCUGGUGCAGACUGCCACCACUGUGGGCAUGCUGCCUCCCAUCUGCUACCUCUACCUGCAAGAGCAGGUUUCCCAGAAUAUCCUCUUAUACACAACUGGCAUCACGCUCUUUGCUGGUGCAAUGCUGUAUGCUGUGAGCUACUUUUUCCGACGAAUUAUUGGAUUAAUCUACUUAAAUGAAGCCAGCCGUACUGUCAGAGUGGCCCACUUGACGUUCUGGGGAAGGCGCAAUGACAUUUACUGUCCCAUUGAGACGGUAAUGACUUUGGAUGAAGUUGGAGAUGGCAAGGGGGAGCUACUUCUCCGGUUCAGACGGUAUAAUAGUGCAGAAAUUUUGUAUUUUACGAUUAAGUUUGGCCAGAUUGUAGACAGACAGAAGUUUACCCAAAUAUUUGGAGAACUUGAGUGA